AAGGGGGUCAGGGACAUGUGCCGGGGACCCCGCUGUGCCACGCACCCACGGGAGCCACGGCGCCAUCCCCGGCCCCGGGUUGGUGCCAGCGAGGUGACGCCCCGUGGGCCCAGUGGCAAGGGGUGGGGAGCUGGCGUGUCCCCAGGGAGUCACAGCAGUGACCACGCGGGGAGGGGACAUUUCCUUCCCGUCCUCGCCUGGCUGAGCCCGGGGACGAAGGUCUCUGUGGGGAAACUGAGGCACAGGGCGGGUGCUGCCCCUACAGCUCUCUCCUAUCCAGCACCCGCGCAGCACUGCAGCAUGAAGGCUCUCCUCCUCCUCCUCCUCGCCCAGCUCUGCUCACCAUCGCUGGUCCCCGAGAGAGAGAAGGACCCCGAGUACUGGCGGGGGCAGGCGCAGGAGACCCUGCGGGACGCUCUGCGGCUCCAGCGCCUCAACCAGAACGUGGCCAAGAACCUCAUCCUCUUCCUGGGCGACGGCAUGGGUGUCUCCACCGUCACGGCCGCCCGCAUCCUCAAAGGGCAGCUGCAAAACCGCAAGGGCGAGGAGAGUCUGCUGGAGAUGGACAAGUUCCCCUACGUCGCCUUGGCUAAGACCUACAACACCAACGCGCAGGUGCCCGACAGCGCGGGCACAGCCACCGCCUACCUCUGCGGCGUCAAAGCCAACGAGGGGACGGUGGGUGUCAGCGCCGGCGUCACCCGCGACCGCUGCAACACCACCAAGGGCCAGGAGGUGACCUCCAUCCUCCGCUGGGCCAAAGAUGGAGGCAAGGCGGUGGGCAUCGUCACCACCACGCGGGUGACCCACGCGACACCCAGUGCUGCCUACGCCCACUCCGCCAACCGUGACUGGUACUCGGAUGGAGAGAUGCCCCCGGAUGCGCUGGAGGGUGGCUGCAAGGACAUCGCCCGGCAGCUGGUGGAGAACAUCCCUGACAUCGAGGUGAUCUUGGGCGGUGGGCGUAAAUAUAUGUUCCCCAAAAAUGCCAGCGACGUGGAGUAUCCCCACGAGGACAAGCAUCGGGGCACCCGCCUGGACCGCAGGGACCUCGUCCAGGCGUGGCAUGACGUCAAGCCCCCUGGCAAGGUUGCCAAGUACGUGUGGCACCGGCGGGACCUGCUGGCGCUGAACCUCAGCCGUGUCGACUUCCUCCUGGGUGAGUCCCAGCACCCAGGGGUGCCCUGGCCUCAACUGGGUGCUUUGGGGGAACCCCUGGUCUGUCCCAGGGUGCUGGGGCAACUGCUGUGACUGGUUGUCCCCC